AUGACACCAGGCAAAUCUUCCAAGACACCUAUCGUCAGGAAUCUAACAACCCUAGCUGAUAUCAACAUUAGAGAUAAAGAUGGAAAAACGGCUCUUCAUUAUGCAGUAUAUCAUAAUGACAAAGAAUUGAUUGAAUUUCUAAUUUCGCAUAAUGUAGAUGUUAAAAUAAAAGAUAAUGACGGAAGAGCAGCUAUAAAUUAUGCAAAACAGAAAGAAACAAUAGAAUAUCUUAUUUUACAUGGAGCAGAUAUCCAGGAUGUUGGAAUUAAUGGUAAGACUUCUCUUCACUAUGCAGCCGAAAAUGGGUUAAUUGAAUUAAUUGAAUAUCUUAUUUCACAUGGAGUGGACAUAAAUGGUAAAGAUAAAUCAGGCAGAACAGCUCUUCAUUAUGCAACCACGUACAAUAAUUGCGAAGUUGCAAAGUAUCUUAUACAGCAAGGGGCAAUUAUCAAUACAAAAGACGAAAAUGGGAAAACUCCACUUCAUUUGGCAGUGGAAAAAUGUACUGAAGGUAUAUUAGAACUCCUAAUUUCAUAUGGUGCUGAAAUAAAUGCAAAAGAUAAAGAAGGAGAUACUACUCUUCAUUUUGCAGCAGGACAAUAUCAUACAACAGCAGCAAAAUUUCUUCUUGAACAUGGAGCUUAUAUUAAUGAGAAAGAUAAAAAUAAUAAAACAGCUCUUCAUUUAGCGACAGAGAAUAAUUGUCCAGAAACAGCAAAACUUCUUAUUUCAUUCAAUGCAGAUAUCAAUGCAAAAGAUAAAUCUGGAAAAACUGCACUUCAUUAUGCAGCCCAAAAUAAUUGUAUAAAAACAGCAGAGCUUCUUAUUUUGCGCCAUGUUGAUAUUGAUGCAAAAGAUAAAUUCGGACAAACUGCCCUUCAAUAUGCGAUUCAAAACCAUAAUACGGAGAUGAAACGAUUUCUUAUUUUGCAUGGUGCAGAAACUAAUUCUAGAGAUAAAAAUUAUAUACAAAGAUUUUGGAAAAUCAUUUUUCGAAAGUUGAUCAAGUGA